GGUGAACAUCUCGUGUCAUGCAUUAGAGGAGAAUGACAGCAUUCACAACUGUCUGCUUCUCUGGUUGAUGUCUUGUCGGAUUGGGGAAUGAAUGGCCAGUAUAUCGUCUAUAGUGGUGAUGGUUUGAGCUAAAGACUUUAGGAUUAUGGCCCGUGUUGUGAAGGUGUUUCGGACGCUACGGAAUCACUGGAAGAAAUCCACAUUUGCAGCCUGUGCCCUGUCGUACGGUGGUCACUGGUUAUAUGGAAAACACUGUGACAAUAUUUUACGAAGAGAAGCCUGUCAAGAGGCAAGGGAAUAUGGGCAACAGAUAAUUGGACCUCAGGAGCAGUUGAGGAAAGCAACUGUCAUCUUGAAUCCGGCUGCAUGCAGUGGGAAAGCCAACAACCUGUUUGAGAAGAAUGCAGCACCCAUUUUACAUCUGGCUGGCAUGGAGGUGACCAUAGUAAAGACAGACUAUGAGGGUCAGGCCAAAAAGCUGAUGGAACUGAUGGAGCACACUGACAUGCUUAUAGUUGCUGGUGGAGAUGGAACUUUACAAGAGGUUGUUACAGGGCUGUUGAGGAGGCCUGAUGAGGGAACUUUCAGCAAGACACCCAUUGGAUUCAUACCACUUGGUUCCCAGAAUUCCCUGAGCUCUGCCCUGCAUCCUAUGAGCGACAAUAAAGUCAGGCACAUCACCACAGCAACAUUAUCCAUUUUGAAGGGUGAGACUGUUCCCCUGGACGUUAUGCAGAUUCAGGGAGAGAAAGAACAACCUGUGUAUGCUCUGCUCAGUCUUCGCUGGGGUGCUUUCAGAGAUGUAGCCAACAGCAUCAGCAAGUACUGGUACCUUGGCCCAUUGAAAACCAGAGCAGCUCACUGGUUCAGCACACUGAGGCAGGAGUGGCCUCAGGUGCGAGAGGCCUCCUUGUCCAUCCUGCCCGCUGCUCCCCGGCCAGCAGAUGAGCCGAUACACAAACCUCCACGCCCCAACCUGAUGUAUCGCAUCGCACGCAGACUCAAGAACUACUGGAACCCCCCAGUAAUAGAACCUCCCAAAGAGCCAGAACCAGAGCGAUGGGAGGAGCAGGAGAUCACCACGUCCGAGCUGGUUGUCAGCACCCAGAACAAAAACCCUGUGCAACGGCGGGAGAACGAUGCACUGCUGGUCUGUCUGGAGCCUGAUAACCUCACAGUGGGCGAGUUCAUUACUACAGGAACUCAGAAAGUGGAGGACCCGUUCGUGUCAAUGCCCAAUGCAGUGAAACUGGAGGCUGGCGCCUGUAGAUUCAACCCAAAACAAGAGGGAGGUGGCUUUUUCAACAUUGACAAUGAGGAGUACGAGGCCAUGGCAGUGGAGGUGAGGCUGUUGCCACGCAAACUGCGUUUUUUCUGCAGCGGGGAGCGCCGUGAACAGCUACUGGCUGAGACAACAUGAGCCCCACGACAGCACCACCAGGCAGCAACGGUGGAGUGAGAUAGGAACAUUUAACAGACAAACAAACAAAAAAACAGAACACGUCUCAGUAUUUUGGGUCUCUCUCUCUCUCUCUCUCUUUCUCUAUAUGCCUACCACUCACAUCCAAGCCAUCUGUGUACCUUCCUGUUUCACACUUUGCCGUUGCCAUGGAAAUACAUUUAACCAGGACCAAUGGGAUGUCUGCAGAACAUCCACACACUGAUAUAUUAGGGGAGAGGCCAGAGUGGGCGUGUACACAUGUCCAUUCUUGGACCAAUCAAAACAUUUAACUCCGGCUAUGAAGCUCACAGGCUUUUCAGUUUACAAGUGUAGUUGGACAGAAUUGACACAUCAAAUUUAUUUAUAAGUGCUGUUUUUUCUUUCUGUAACUAGCGUUAGCAAAAAACAUUCUAAGAAUACUUCUAUCUCCUUUUCAGUCAGCAAUAUAUUAAUUGGAAAUGUAAAAAUAGAUUUGAAUAAAGAUUUGUUUACUCAA